UUUAUCAUUUGAAAAAACUUUUCCAACACACUAUCACUCACUAACAACACUUGAUUCAUUCAAAAACCAAACAUUUCAUUUUCUCCGCAACCCUAAAACCCUAAACCGCGCCAUGCCCCUUCAUUCCUCCUCCUUCGAUUCCCUCUCCAAAUCCCAGGACCUAUCCUCCGCCAUCCAAUCCGCCACCACCCCCUCCCAAAUCGCAUCCGCGUGCGCCUCCAUCGACUCCUUCCUGCACUCGCACUCACCGGAUCAGUCCCGCCACUUCUUCUCCCUCGCCUUCCCAACCCUAAUCUCCAAGCUCUUCGGCUUCGACGACCCCUCCAAUGCCUGGAUCCACCACCGCCACUCCGGCGACCUCGCCCAAACCCUAUUCUCCCUCCUCUCCCCCGCCGGCAACCUCGCCGCCGCCAUCGCCGCCGUCGACCGCCUCUCCCUUAUCAAAUACGUCUUCCCCGCCGAACGCCUCCCUCACUGGACCCGCUCCUUCCUCUCCGACACCGAUUCUCGCUCCCUCUCCGAUCUCUGCCCCUCCCUCUUCAAACCCUCACCUUCCCCUUCUCAAAUCCAACUCAACGUUUUUGAAUACUUUUUCUUCUGGUUCGCCUACUACCCCGUCUCGAAAGCCAAAAACGACAACUCCGACUGCGUUUCGGUUAACAAAAGAGUUAUGAAAUUUAGGUUAGAUUGGACUAAUACUUGGACCUCCUCCAUUCCCGGCUUCUCCGCCACCGCCUCCAAGCGCUGCUGUUCCUCCGAGGGAAAGCAGCCUCACUACGACUUGUACACGCGCCUCCUCUGCGCGUACCUACGCGCUUUUGUUCCCUCUUAUGAUCUUAUCGCGCACCAGCCCUACCGGACUUCGAUUCUCCACUACGGCUCCGGCUACGACGGUUCUGUUGCGGCGCGGGCCGAGUUCGUGGUCAACGCGCUUAUCCACUUCUGGCUCGUGGACAACGAUUUCUCGCCGCUGCCGGCGAGUGUUUGCCGGAGCCUCGGGGUUUCGUUUGCGGUGGGGGAGGCGCCUCCGCCGCCGGGGCUGGGGGAGGUGGUGAGGCUGUUUGUGAGGUACUUGAAUUUGAGCACCGUCGCCGCGUUUCGCGAGAAUGGUGGUGGUGAGUGUUGGAGUCCGAGGUGGAGGGCUGUGGAGGGUGCAAAGAGCAAGGAUUUGGGGUCUUUAGGCUCUGUUCGUUCGCUUGGGUGUUGGAACUUCUGUGUGCAGAGGCCUCUGUAUAGGUAUCUGUUGAGGACGUUCUUGUUUUGCCCUAUGGCGGCUUCGGUUAAGAAUGUGUCUCAGGUGUUGUCGGUUUGGGUUGGUUACUUGGAGCCUUGGACCAUGAACGUGGACGAGUUUUCGAAUAUGGAUGAAGUUAAUGGCGAGAAGAAGGAAAAUUCUGUGCCUGCAAGUACGGGAGAUGGGUUUUCGCCGCGGUGGCAGGAUUAUGUUCUCUCUAAUUAUCUCUACUACAGUUCCUUGGUCAUGCAUUUCAUUGGGUUUGCUCACAGGUUUCUUCACAGUGAUGUUGAAAUAGUAGUCCAGAUGGUGCUCAAGGUGUUAGACACCUUGACAUCAUCUAAAGAGAUCAUUGACCUUUUGAAGACUGUGGAUUCCCUUUUUCAUUCCAAACAAGCAGGGUCAGGCAAACCAAUGCUGAAUAACUUGUACAGAUAUGUUCCUAUUAUUUGUGAACAGUUGCAGGACUGGGAGGAUGGCUUAUGUGAGACUGAUGCUGACGGCUCUUUUUUGCACGAGAAUUGGAACAAAGAUUUGCGACUUUUUGCUGAUGGGGAGGAUGGUGGACAACAGCUCCUUCAGUUAUUUAUACUGCGUGCUGAAGCUGAAUUACAAGCUAUAUCUGGUGAUAAUCUUGUACCCAGCCUUCAAUGCUUAGAUUCAUUGAAGGCAAAAUUGGGGUGUUUAUUUGAUGGAAACACUGUUAUAAAGUCAUCAUCAACCUGUCCUGAUUCAGUGCCACAUCAACAAUCUCGUGAUGAGAUAUUCAAACCUAGAAGAGCUGGCAAUCAUGCAUUUGCAGAUGUUAAAUACAAAGGUGACUGGAUGAGACGUCCCAUUUCCAAUGAUGAAAUUGCAUGGCUUGCAAAAAUGCUCAUUCGGUUGUCUGAUUGGUUGAAUGAGAGUCUUGGACUAAAUCAGGCAGAGAGCAGUCAAGUAAGCUCUGCAGUUUCUUACGUGGAGGUAUCGGCUGAUGUUGCCCAUAUAUGUGGACCUUCCGAAGCCCUGAAGUUCUUCUUAUGUACCAUUGGUUCUUGGUUUCUCUUCCUGGGUGCUGCUUCUCUGGGUUGCAUGCGAAAAUAUGGUCUGAGGGUGAACUUAAGGAUACUGGCCUCCAAGAAGGUUGUGAUGGUUUUUGUUUUAUAUAUUGUUUUUAGCAUAUUGAAAAAACUCAUUCGAUCAGUCAGUGGCAUGUGGGGAAGAAUAUAGAUUGAAUAGAAUAUACAAAGUGUAUAGAGAUUUGGAAAUUACAAAGAGAAUUUUGUUCCUAUCAAGGUAUUGUGCGCAGGGUGAUUCUGUUGUGUAAUUAGCAGUGUUGUGGUAACCAACAAAAAAUUGCUAGUCCACCCCAUUUUGCUCACUGGGAGUGCAGUAAUGGAAAUAGUUUAUUGCAGCCGCUCUGUACUAGUUAUCUCGUUCGACAAGGUCUAAACUCAGCUCAGCUAAUGUAAGAAAUUUAGUUGGGUGAGAUGGGGUGCGUGAAGCAAAAAAGGAGGUGCAGGAUGUAAUUCCCUAUGACUUGUAAAGACCUUUGUUGGUGGGCUAUUUGAAUGAAAGAACUGAAUAGGAAAUGAACCUGUGUAAAAUUAUUUAGUGUCUAUUUUAAGUUUCAGUUUACCAUGGUGUCCGCACAAAAUGUUAACAAAAACAAAAUUAUAAUUUAUUUUUUUAUGUAAUAACAUCAGGAUACUAUAAAAUUGACAUUGUGA